GUUUUUAACAUGUCAUGUAGCACAUUUUCUAAUUUAUUAUGUAGGAACUCAAUAACAAUUACUAGUAGCUAGCUCAUGCGUUAUCAAAUGUAGCCACAUUUUUAGCUAGCUUCAUUAUCUUUACUAGCUAAUUUAUAAUUUACCCUUUAUUUAUCUUAUCUUAAUUUAACACAUUCAUUAAUAUAUAAUGUUAAUAUAAAUUUUGCUGUUUCAAAAAUAUAUAAUUUUAUUUUACUAUUUUUCUGGGGUUAUUGAAUCCUCUGGCAAUGAAUGUCUUUCAAAUCAACUUGUUUAGUUGGUACCCUUAAAUGUUACAGUAACUCAGUGUGUUGUGAGGGUUUUUAUGCAUAAGAAAGUGGUGAAACUGAAGAUAAUUGUUGGAACUAGGAGAAACUAGUAGGAACUGAAGGGUACACAUACACAGUCACUAUGAUGUUUGAAGAUUUUUAUUAAAUGCUGCAUAGGCAGUAACGUCUUUUUACUUAAUUAUUUACAGUACAAGAAAUUUAGUAAAGGUACAAUUUUUAUGGUGACAUGACCCACCAUUUUAAUAAUGUUGGGGUCCAACAGUAACAGUUUUAUACAAUAGAAUUUGUGUCUUUCUCUCUGAGGAUAGGACCCUCCCUCUCUCUGCUCUCUUUUAUUUUCACUAUAAUUAGAGAAUCUGGGUCCAUGUUACAUGUCCUACCCUUGUUUCUAACAGUUGUUACACUAAAUUCUAGGCACCUUCACAUUUUUUGGCUUCUCUAGUAUACAAAUUACAAAUAUAAUUUUUUUUAUGUAAAUUACGCCUUUAACUUUUGUGUUAGAGAUUUGUAAAUAUUUUCUUCCUUACUUAAAUUGUAAUGUGGGGAAUUGAGAUGUUCCAAUUGUCUGGCUAAUCUUUUGCAUGAUUUAAAUGAUAUAUAUUGCGUAAGUUAUGAUAUGUGUAGCACCGACACUUCAAAUUGAAGUCGUGUUUCGUGCGCGGCGCGUGGUUAUGUUCAGUUGCUUCUAUUUUCUUAAAUCAUUCUCAGUGUCUACAUGUCAGUGCCAAUGUGCUGUACAUGGCGUUAUUAGUACUUCGUAGGUUAUGACUUUGGGGAUUUCCUUACAUGUAUUAUUUUCUUGAUAUUGUAAAAAUUCUACGGUCUAACUGCUUCAACAUUGAACAAGUGUACAAUUUAUGUUUAAAGAAUGAAAUAUGGAACAUUUGGAAUUCAGAUUCAGACAGUGUGCAAGUGUAGAUUCUGCUGAAACUAUCCUAUUAGCAUUUCAAAAUUACAUUUUGAUGCUUGGCACAAGUGUGAUGAUACCUUCAUUUCUCGUUCCAGCUAUGGGAGGAAAUCCUGGUGACAAGGCAAGGGUAAUACAAACCCUUCUUUUUGUAGCUGGCAUUAACACACUUCUCCAAGCACUUUUCGGAACAAGACUGCCUGCAGUAGUUGGAGGUUCAUUUGCAUAUGUGAUUCCAGUUGCUUAUAUUAUUAAUGAUUCCUCAUUGCAACGAAUUAAUGAUCCCCACGAAAGAUUUAUACAUACAAUGCGAGCUAUACAAGGAGCUUUAAUUGUAGCCUCAAGUAUUCAGAUAGUGCUCGGUUACAGCCAAGUCUGGGGACUUUUUUCGAGAUUUUUCAGUCCUCUUGGCAUGGCACCUGUAGUUGGAUUGGUUGGAUUAGGAUUAAUCCAACGAGGAUUUCCCACGUUAGGGAACUGUGUAGAAAUUGGAAUACCGAUGCUGUUGUUGGUCAUUGGAUUGUCGCUAUAUCUAAGGCAUGUGAGACCAUUUAGAGACAUACCUAUCUUUGAACGUUUCCCAGUUUUGAUCUGUGUCACAAUUAUUUGGAUCUAUUCUGUCAUCUUGACUGCUAGUGGAGCUUACAGACACAGACCUUCUCAAACGCAGCAUAAUUGUCGUACAGACCGAGCCAAUCUGAUAACUACUGCCCCGUGGUUCAUGUUCCCAUACCCUCUACAGUGGGGUCCACCCACUUUUUCUGUUGGUCAUUCUUUUGCCAUGAUGUCUGCAGUUCUUGUCUCAAUGGUGGAGUCAACUGGUGCAUAUAAGGCAGCAUCUCGGUUGGCUAUUGCCACCCCACCUCCUGCUUAUGUGUUGAGUCGUGGCAUUGGUUGGCAGGGGAUUGGUAUCUUGCUUGAUGGUCUUUAUGGAACGGGGACGGGUUCUACCGUUUCUGUGGAAAAUGUGGGACUCCUUGGUCUGACUCGAGUUGGAAGCCGUAGAGUUGUUCAGAUUUCUGCUGGUUUUAUGAUAUUCUUCGCUACUUUAGGAAAGUUUGGAGCUGUAUUUGCAUCUAUACCCUUCCCGAUAUUUGCUGCUUUGUACUGCGUUCUAUUUGGCCUUGUUGGUGCAGUUGGAUUAUCAUUUCUUCAGUUUACAAACAUGAACUCCAUGAGAAAUCUUAUCAUCACUGGGCUCACACUGUUCCUUGGAAUAUCUGUUCCUCAAUUUUUCAAUGAAUUCUGGACUAGUUCACAUCAUGGCCCUGUUCAUACCAACGCCGGAUGGUUCAAUGCAUUUUUAAACACCAUAUUCUCAUCACCAGCAACCGUAGGAUUGAUCGUAGCAGUGAUCCUCGACAACACUCUUGAGGUUGAAAAGUCGAAGAAAGAUCGAGGAAUGCCGUGGUGGGUAAAGUUUAGAACAUUUAGAGGUGAUAAUAGAAAUGAAGAAUUUUACACUUUGCCAUUCAAUCUAAACAGGUUCUUCCCACCUACAUGA